CUCCACCAGCGCGACUAUCCGGCCCAGACAGACCUUUGACGACUUUCCCCCGAGCUUCGACCAUGGACGAGCUUAAGGACCAGCACAACUCCAACGCGCCAAAUGGAUUUAUGCAGGACACGCCGCCAAGAGCCGAUGUCGAUGAGAUCCUGAGACGGAAGCGGAAGGCGCGAGAGUACAAGGCCUGCUAUCCGUGUCGACAGCGCAAGGUCAAGUGCGACCAGAACGUGCCCUGCAAGACAUGCGUCGUCCGCGAACACCCCGAACUAUGUACCUACCACCCGCCCAGCGAGUCGCACCCGCCCGCGAAACGAAUCAACCUCGGACUUGGCCAGAACAACGGCCAUGACUUCUCCAACGGCCUGGUCCACAUACAUGGCGGCACGGUCACGCUGCCUCGAGAGGACUGGGAACGCAUCUGCGGGAAGCUGCAACAAGCUGAGAAGUCGCUCAGUGACUUGAAGAAUGCUGUCGGCAGCGUUGCAGAGAUACCACCACCCAUGAAUGGCUUCUCUCCUGCUGAUGGAUCUGGAAACACUCCUUUGGCCGCAGCAGCGCCCAUGGACGGCGAGCAGAGCCACGUCAGAACCCAAGGAAUACACACGCGCAACGACAUCACCGGCCAAACGAUACACAUCGGGCCCAGCUCAGUACCAGCACUCGUCAUGGCAUUAGGGAGAGGAGAUACACAAUGGGCGCCGGGUGUGCAGGAUCUCUUGGGCAAGAAGAGCAUGCUGCCGAUAUUUGGCCUGGACAACGAAAGCGCUACAUACCCCUUCGUCGAUCUUUGGGGGCUACCACACGGAUCGAUAGCGCGCGCCCAUGAGCUUGCCAACGCAUUGCCGAGCGACUCUGAAUGCCUGAGUUUUUUCCGCAGCUAUCGCGAAACCGCGCACGCCGUAUACCCCGCCGUUGCCGACAUCGAGGCCAUCGAAUCUGAUCUUCUACUCUUCCUGAUAAACCGCGCAAGCUCACAGGGUACCAACGGCAUCACAGACCAGCAAAUAUAUGGCAAAGAUUUUCAUUGGAUAGGCAUGGUCUUUGCCAUACUAGCUUCAGGAUGUCAAUGCUCGAGCCUGUCACGAAAAGAGAGGGAGUUGACAUCCCAGGUCUACGUCUGCUGCAGCUUCGAAUGCCUCCGUUUCACCAAUUUUCUAUCGCACGCCACCAUCGAGAACAUACAGACACUUCUUAUCCUUGGAAAUGUCAUAUCAAACAACAUGAACGCCGGAGUUGCUUGGAGUCUGAUGGGAUUAACAGUCCGCCUCUCGCAGACGCUAGGGCUACACCGACAGUGUCCUCCGUCAACGCCAGUGCAGCAAAGGGUUAUCCGGAGUAAGACAUGGUGGGCGCUUCUUUGGCAGGACUCGCUGCUGUCUGUCUCCUAUGACAGAGCGUCGUCGACCACUACUAUUGACCAUACUGUACCCAUGAGCCAGCACACAGCGCCGGGGACGAGAACAUAUGUCGAGAGUAUGUACCGACUGUGCAAAGUGGGUCUUGACAUCGUCCGUGAGCGCCAACGGCCACAGAACUCGCAUGAUGCCCUGAUACGAAUAACUGAACACCGCAACGAACUCCAGGAGAUUAUGAUAGAUGCUGCAGACUAUCUCAAAGACUCGAGAAGAUGUAGGUCCAUGCGCGAUCAGCUCGAGCAUUGGGCGCUAUAUCUGCACAUAUCGUACGUCACGUCUGAGCUCUGUCGACCAGCCAUCAGCCCCGCCACCGUCAAUCUCGAUCUUUCCAAGACGCUGCGCAAGACAUGCAUCGACAGCCUCACCAACACGGUCGAAGCAUUCCUCGGUCUGCAAAAUAUGACACCGUUUGCUACCCGUUCCUGGUCCGCUGUGCAUCGCUCCCUGAGCUCUGCCUUACUGCUGGGUAUCCUUGGCGAACACAACCGCAACGAACGGGCGCGCAGUCUGUUGCAGAACGUAAUUCAAGUCCUCACAGAUGUCACAAAAGAUGUUGAUCCUGCCGAGCUCGCCACGCCCAUCACGCGAUCCGUCUCAGCACUCGAGCGGCUGCUGAGAAUUACCACGACGCACAACCGCAAGGCAAGUGAAGCAGGCUCACAGGCGUCCCCCACGAUGCACGUCUUCACUGCACAGGAUAUCAACAAUGCCCUCAAUGGCGAUGCUGAGAAUAUGUUCUCGCAGUCGCCACUGCUCGGUUUGGAUCUCGACUCCUCACCGUAUGCGCUUAUGGAGAGCAUCGUGUGGGGUGCGCAGAAAUCACCAUGAGAAGACGAGGAGUGUAGAGAUUAGUCGAAAAGUGAAACAAAAGUCAUGAUACCCAGAUGUGAGAGCGACAUGUAGCGCUGUCGAAUAAAAAAGUCGAAGCAACAAACAGGUUGCCAUCAUUGCUUGGACACCGAGCAGUUUGGCUGCCUUCCAACCUGGUGCAUAAUUGCGCAGAAAGAGAGAAUCUAAUGCCGUCAGAAGGGGAGAGGCGAUUUCAGUAAGCCAUAGGCAUGUGAGAACAAGUUUCGUAUCGCGAGUGAUAGUUUGGACUGCAGUCUAGUGGCCACUAGUUAAUAAGUUCGAACCGAAUGACUUGAAUGCAAUGCCCGGAGAGGUGCCCUACUCGUA